AGGAAUGCAAUAAACGGUUAUUGUAAACAAAAAGAUAAACAAUAAUCUAUAUUGUUAUUUUGCACCAUUUCAUGUAUUUCAUGUAUUUUAUGUGUUCUUAAUUGUUUUCUUUCGUUUUGUUUUGAUUUGGAAGCUGUUAAUGAUUGAUAAUGGAAGACAAUGCAAACGUUCAACAAAAUAUUGUUAUCCGUCGACGGUCCUCAUUAUUUUGUUCAGGUUCAGGUGAGUAUUCAGGUUCUGCGUCAGCGUCUCCGAGCACAUACAAGCCAAGCUAUGAAAACCAACUCACCAAAGAAAUUGAGAGCUGGAGCAGACUGCUACGCAACAAAAUUCACGAAAUCCACGAACACAAACAAACCAUCCUGGAACUGGACAGCUCAAUACUGUCGGCAGAACAGCAAGCCUACCUGAAUACGGGCCCAAGUGUGGAGAGUUUUGUGCAGAGCUCGAACGAAUUCUGCCACCUGUUGGAGCGUUACAUUCAGCGGAAGUCCUUCAUUACCCAACGAUAUGACGCUAUUCUACGUGAAGCACGCGCCCAGGUCGAUACUAAAGCGAUGGAAUUGGUGGAGAAGAGUCUUCUUUCGAAGGAAAUAGAGUGACGGGGUUGCGCUUGUAAUUUGUUUUUAUUGUAUCACCUUGUUUUUAUGCAUCCAAUACUUGAAUAAAUUUGUUUGUGUCGUUAGCAUGUAUGCCAAAAAUUGUCGAAACACCUAAUCCUAGUUAGUGUUACAAUUCAAUUCAUGUAGUGAUUAUUCCGGUAAGCCUAAUACUAAUAUUACAGCAGAUGAAAUAUAUUAUAUGCUCAACAAAUUUUAAUUAUAAAUUGAUUG